GGCCCGCCUCCGCCGCUCGGCACAGCAGCACCGCGGACAGCGCCGGUCCCCCCGCGCGGCUCGGCACGGCCCCGGUGACAGCGCCGGUUCCCCACCCCGCCCCGCCCCGGCACAGCCCGGCCCGGCCCGGGCGCACGCCGCGCCAUGGCCACGGAGGUGCACAGCCUGCAGGAGCUGCGGCGCAGUGCAUCCCUGGCCACCAAGGUCUUCGUGCAGCGGGAUUACAGCGACGGGACCACGUGCCAGUUCCAGACAAAAUUCCCCCCCGAGCUGGAGAGCCGGAUCGAGCGGCAGCUCUUCGAGGAAACCGUGAAAACCCUUAACGGCUUCUAUGCCGAGGCGGAGAAGAUUGGGGGCAGCUCGUACCUGGAGGGGUGCCUGGCCUGUGCCACCGCCUAUUUCAUCUUCCUCUGCAUGGAGACACACUAUGAGAAGGUCCUGAAGAAGAUCUCCAAGUACAUCCAGGAGCAGAACGAGAAGAUCUAUGCGCCGCGGGGGCUGCUGCUCACUGACCCCCUGGAGCGUGGCAUGAGGGUUAUUGAGAUCUCCAUCUACGAGGACCGGUGCAGCAGCGGCAGCUCCAGCAGCGGCAGCUCCAGCAGCAGCAGCGGUGGCGGGGGCGGCGGGGCAGGGGGCCGGUGACUGGCAGGGAGUCCCUGCAGGGACUCGUACUGCCGGGACAGUGGCCUCUCCGAGCUCCGCAGGCUGCACUACCAGAGCACCCGCUUCUGAGCCCAGGGUGGGCGGGAGGGGGAGGCCAGAGGCUGCCCAGUGGGGCUGCCCACCCCCCUCUGCUCUGUGCCCCCCGCAGUGGCUCUGCCCCUGCUCAGACCCACUGUGGGCAGGGGCUGGUGCUGGGGCAUCCCGUGUGCUUCCCACUGAGCCAAAUUGGUGCCAAGGGGCUCCCGCAGCCCUCCGGGUGCUCGGCGCUGCUGCCCCUCCCCCAAGCGAAGGAGCUUGCCCUGCCACGGGCAGCCCCAGCUGGCAGCGCCCUUUGUGCCAUGCAUUGGGGAGCAGCAGGACCAGCAAAGGCCCAGGCAGCGCUAAAGGGGGACACAUACUUAUCCCCAUGCCCACGGGCACUGCCAGCUCUUGCUGCACCCCCUCCCUAGGGUAUCCUGCUCUUGGUGCUGCGGGGUGGGCUCAGCUGCUGCGUGCCCGCUGCCCAGGGUGCCGGGCAGCGCCCUGGUGCCGCUUCAGCUGCAUGAUGGUGCCAUGCAUUCACCCCAGCCCUGCCCCACACGCUGCCCGUUCCUGCUCCCCAGCAUCCUCGCCAGCAGCAUCCUUCAGCACUGCCCACAACACUGGGCACUUGCUUCUGCUCCCUGCCUGACCCAGUGCCAUCCCCAGCUGGACCCAGAAGGCUCCCCAGCCCCAAGCCCCAUGCCCAGGGCAGGGAGAUACAGUGCUGGGCAGGCUCCUGCCCUUGUGCCACGUGCCCCGGGCUCAUGCACGGCCCAGCAUUAGUGGAGGCCAAGCUGUGGCAUGGGUGAGCCAGGCUCCCUGCCCAGUCCCAGCAGAGCCUGCCCGCACCUGGCUGCUGGCAGCCCCCUGCCUGCUUUGCCCCAUGACCUGCCCAACGCAGGGAGGGUGCCCUGUGGAGCAGCUCCACCAGGACCCUUCCUCUCCCGCUGCUGAGCUCUCCCCUGCCCACGCAUCCUGCAUGUGUCUGCCACGAGCACCCCAAUUUUCAGCCUGGCCUGUGGUGGGGACCCUGAGAGGCACCAGGGCCUGGCUGCAAGGUGUGUGGGUUCAUCGGCCAGGGUCAGAUGGGGGGAAUAGGACGGUCCCUGUGACAUCCAGCACCUCAAGGAGAAGGGUCCCUGCCUGGGUGCAGGGUUGAAUCGAGCUGGCAUUGCUCUCCCAGGGUCCUGGAGGGAGAACCCUGCCCCGUGGGACUCCCUUUGGCUUGGUCAUGGCAUGUGUGCAGGGUGGCCCUGGCCCUGCCAUUCCCACUGGGGCCCCCCUGCAUGGAGGCCUUCCUCAAUAAACCCCACGCUUCAUCCCC